AUGAUCCUUCUCUUAACAAUUCAUUCAUUGUUAUUUACCAUAUGUUAUAGUGUCCCGUUUGGUAAAGUUAAUAAAACUCGAUUUACUAGUAGAGAUCUAUUAAAUAGUGAAGCUAUUUGGCUUUCCAAUCAACUAACUCCAGAAAAAUGUUUAUGUACAAUUUUGUCUCAAUAUAAUAAUACUCUUCUUUUCAAUAGUUAUCAGAAUGGUUCAUGUCAAGUAUUCUUGUCAUUACCAUAUACAUAUACAAUGGAAUACAGAAACGAUUCCACAUUUAUUCUUCUUUCAUCAUUACCAUCAAGAGAUAUAGCACCUUGUUGUUCAAACUUACCAUGGCUUAUCAAACGUAUAACUAAUUCAUCAUUAUCAUCAAUCAGUCUUAAUACACCUAGUUAUUUAGUUAUUGAUGAUUAUGAUGAAUUAGUUAUACGUUUGAUAAGCCAUGGUAAGUUUGAACAACAAGGUGCUAUAUCUCUUGAUGGUAAUGAUGAAAGAAGAAUAAAUGUGGAAUCGUUUCUGUAUUCCAUUGUAUAUGUAUAUGGUAAUGACAAGAAUACUUGA